UCCACACAAACCCAUACUCAAAAAAGUAAACAAUCAAGGCAGCCGCACACACGUCAAUGAGAUAAACAAUCUUUUCUUCUCAUUCUACUUCGCUACAUCAAUUAUAGUCCAUAACCCGUUUGUCAAAAUGCCCUAAAGAAACCAUAAAGAAACGCAAAGAAAGGGGGAAGACAAAAGCCAAAGCAGCUUUUAUUUCUUUUAUUCAAGUAUGCGUCUCUGUCUUUGUUGCGGCCUGCGGGUGUGAGGAAGGACAUUGUCUAUGUGAGUUGUUGAUGAGGUAGAAUCUGGUGAACUUAGCUGUCAAAGUUCAAACUCCAUUGUAAUACAUCUUCUUCCUUAUCAUCAGUCUCCAUCUCCAGCUUCUUAUUUUUCUCUUCAACCCACAAAAGAUACCUGUAGAAUUGUUUAUUUGUAUAUAGCAAAUCGAUUCGUGUUCGUCAUAAUAUACUUUUUUUUUCAUUUUAGUUGUUGGGUCACACCUAAUUCUUGGUACAAUCUCAACUACCCUGAUCUGUUUUCCCCUUUUUUACAAUUUUCUCCUUUUUUACAAGGUUGUAAUUGAUUUCCAUCCACAACUUGGUGCUUGUUACAAACCCAUUUCAAUGAUUUCUUUGAUGCUGUCAUCCUCUCUGAGAAUCUAAUCUGAUCCACAUGCCCACUGAUUUUGGUGUCAGAGCACCCAUAUAGAUCUGACUCUCUCUCUCUCCCUUUGGUUGGCGAAAGAGGUGAAUCUUGAGCCCUCUGUGUGUGUGUGUGUGUAAAUCUUCAAUCUUGAUACUGUGCAUUAAUCCCAAGCGUGUGUGUCCAUAAGCAACAUCUUGAGCCCUCUGUGUGUGUGUGUGUAAAUCUUCAAUCUUGAUACUGUGUAUUAAUCCCAAACGUGUGUGUCGAUAAGCAACAUAUGCCUCCAUCGAAGCAUUGACAAAGGAAAACCAAGAAACUUUCCUCUGGUUUCGAGUUCUUAUCCGAGAAGACGAGGCCCACGCUGGGUUCCGGUGGGCUUCGUCUGAACAACACAGAAAGAUCCUUCUCCCUCCACUUUGAAGUUGUGAUUUUUGUUUGUGGGUACUUGCCUCUCAUAUUCGAUCCCUAUAUCUUGCCCUUUCUUUAUCAUAAGUAAAGGAUAAGAGGUCGGCCUUUUUUAAGAUGCUUUUUAUCUUCGUUACUUGCUUCUCCUUCAUACUCUUUUUUAGGUACUCUCUUCCCAUCAAACCACUUCCACCUUGGGCUUGUGAGAUGAGAUUACUCUCUUUCUAUUUCUGGAAAGAUUUAUCCAUCCUGUUCCCCUCUGCCAAAUUUUUGAAGAAAACCCUCUCCAUAAACUUCAAUUCUUAUAUGUUUUCAACAAAGACUACUAAAAAGAUUAAUACUCUUUCAAGGAACACCGAAAGUAUGAUGACAGAAGGGACAGGGCAAGAAAAGGUGGAGGAGAUGUCUGUGUUGGAUUUGCCCAAUUUGGCAUUGGAAUGCAUUCUUGAGAGGCUUGAACCUGAUGGGCUUUGUAAGAUGGCUUGUGUUUGUACUUAUUUAAAAGACAUGUGUUUGAGUGAUCACCUUUGGGAAGGCCAUAUGAAGAAGAGAUGGGGUAGAAUUAUUGGUUCUACUGCCUACAAGGAAUGGCAACUGCAUAUUGCCUCUAGAAAGGAAUCAAAUUGCUUUCUUGCUGGUGAAAAAGGAAGAGGUCUUCUGAUGGGUUAUUUGUCAAAACUCUGGCCUGUUAUGUUAGUUAGAUCUAGCUCCAGUAAUCAUGGCGAUAGCAAGAAGAUGAAGAUUUCUUCUCCUCAGCCACCCAUUGAUUCGAUAGUGUCUUGCUAUCGGGCCCUUGAGACCGGAAAGUUUUGGUUUCCUGCUCAGAUCUUCAACCGUGAGGAUGGGCAUGUAGGGUUCAUGUUGUCUUGCUAUGAUGCUGAUCUUAGCUAUGAUUCGCAUAACGAUACAUUCCAGGCCAGAUACCCGCCUCAUGGGAGGAGGGCAGCGGCAAUAGAGACCGGGGUGACUUGGGAUAGGCUAAGGGCACCACCUGUUGAUACUUCACCUCAUGAUCUCCAUAUUUCAGACUGUUUGAAUGAUUUACGCCCAAGAGAUCACAUUGAGAUUCAGUGGAGAAGGAACAAACAAUUUCCUUAUGGCUGGUGGUAUGGUGUUGUAGGUCACUUAGAAGCAUGUGAUGGUAACGGCAGCUACUGCCAUUGCCAUGAAAGUGAUGCUGUGGUGCUGGAGUUCAACCAGUAUGCUCCUGGUUCACGAUGGAGACAUACGAUGAUCAACAGGAGACACCAUCGUGAGGAAGGAAAUGAAGCUGAUGGAUUUUAUGGUGGAAUCCGAAAACUAUAUAGUAAAGACGAGAUCUCUAUGUGGCAACAAUUUUGGCCUGCCGAAAUCUUGGAAUAAUAAUAGAGGUCAACUAAAUGUAUUACUAGAUUACCACAAAUUUGGUAGCAAGUAGAAGCUUAGGUAUCUUAGAAUUAUAUAUAUUUUUUUCAUGGCUGGUCGAAGAUUUAGAACAGCCAUAAUAUUGGUAUGAUUCAAAUGUGAAAAUAAUUCAUAUAAACUUCUUUGCAUUGUGUACUCAUCUUGGCUAUCAACCUACAAUCGAUGAGAUUCUCUUUUUGCCUAUAUGUUGUUCAUAAACAUUACCUGAAAGAAUAUAAGUAAACUAUGAAAUCUUGCAUG